UAUUAUUUUACAAAACUAUAAUUGAACUAUAUGGGUUAUUAAAUAUGUAAAAUUUGUUUGAAUUUUAUUUCAGUUUUUUAAUGUUGCUUCAAUAGUUGGCAAUUGAUUCUUGAUAUGAAAUAGAAAUAUCACUAGGGAAAAUUACUAAGCAGUAAGUCUCGACAGGUGUUUUGUACAGGUGUUCAGUUGGACAGUGGCGCGUAUUCGCGUGUUCAGUAUACCUUGUAUACUCUUCGGCAUAAUAAAGUAAUUGAUAUUAAACAAAUACAAAAAAAAAAUGUGAAAUUUUUUAUUUAAAAUUUUUAAAAAUGUCUCCGUUAUGGUGUGAUGUGAUAGAUUCGAAGUAUCGUGAAAGGUGAUCGUUAUUAAGAAUAAUAUUUCCAUACGAAAGAUCAACGGCAGACAUCGUGGGAUAUUGCAGUUGGAUAUUAUGCUAAUCACGUUACGAUCAGAAUGCGAGAAGAAGAACUUGAGAUAUCACUCAAGGUGGUGAUAGUAGGUAAUGGAGCUGUAGGAAAAUCGUCAAUGAUCCAAAGAUUUUGUAAAGGUACUUACACAAGGGAUUAUAAAAAGACGAUUGGUGUGGAUUUUUUGGAACGGCAGAUCGAGUCCCUGAGAAAUGCGCAUGUUAUUCGUCUCAACACGAGCUAUCGUGGGAUACUUCCUGAUGCACAUUUGCUCCGCGAUAAUCGUGGUCGCCUUUUUAAGAAGACUUUAAACUACUUUUUGCACCUUCUUUCUUCCAGCGCAAUGCACGAAAGUAAAAAACAACCGGAAAAAUUUCGCAAAUCAGUGGAUGGAGAGGAUGUAAGACUGAUGCUAUGGGAUACUGCUGGUCAAGAGGAAUUCGACGCAAUCACUGCGGCUUAUUAUCGCGGCGCCCAUGCCUGCGUCCUCGCUUAUUCAGCGACCGACAGAGAUUCCUUCGACGCCAUUCCUUCGUGGAAACAGAAGGUGAAAAAUGAGUGCGGUGAAAUUCCCACGGUUCUUGUACAAAAUAAGAUGGACCUUGUUGAUCAAUGUGUCAUUGAUUUAGAUGAAGCUGAGAGGCUUGGUCAUAUCCUAGGUUGUAAACUUUUAAGAACAUCAGUGAAAGAAGAUGUCGGAGUUAUGAGCGUUUUCCGGCAUUUGGCGUCACGAUGUCUUCAUGAAAUGCGUCGUUGUGAUGACGAUUAUCAGGACGAUUUAAGAUUAUACUCUGCCGGACCUAGAUCUCCUUCUGUAAUAAUAGGCGCAUUUAGUCCAAAUGGAUCCACAUGUAGUCGGAGUAUGGGGAAUGGUACCAUAGUUUUGCGGUCAGGAGCCAAAACAAAGAAUCAUAAGAAAAGGAAUUUUGUAAAAAAUGCUUGUAGAUUGCUUUAGUCUUUGUAUGGAUAAAUAUGUGAAAACUAUAAUGAAUGCUUUAACCAUGUACAGAUUUAUAUAUUCAUAUUUAUAAGAUAUAAAUAAUUUUCAUUCCAAUAUUUCGACACUUACAAAUUGAUUUAAGAUUAUUAUAAAAUACGCACAACAUAAAGUAUCAAAAACAUAACAAGAAAAGAUUAAUGCAAUUAUCUUUAAACAAUAUUGUUAUAUCGAUUAAUUUGUAAUAUAUACUUGCUUUGAUUACAUAUAGAACUAUCAUUAUA